CAGGCGGGGGUGAGGCUCAGGCUUCUCCGGAGGCUGGGCCUGGUCGCCGCCUUCCCCCUCCUCCUCCCGGUUCGGGGGGUCCCCGGGCUCGGCCCCCGAACGCCCCUCUCUUCCGUUCGCCAUGUCAUUUCCUGUGCUAAUAAGAUGGUGGUCACGGCCGGGAGGGAGGGAGCCGCCGCCACAGCCGCAGCCGUCGCCGCUGCCUCCUCGCCCGGCCCGGCCCGGCCACUCGCCCCCCUCCUCGUCCUCCUCCUCUCCCGGGACUAGCGAGCCAGGCCGGGCCGGAGGAGGGCGACGAGGAGGCGGAGGAAGGCGGCGGCGGGGAGCCCCCCGGGCCGAGAACAUGAGUGAAAAACUGAAUGACUGCUUGGGGGAGAUGGUGACUAUCAAGACAGAACCCUGCUCUCCAUGCCGCGAAGAGGAAUAUGGACAACUUUGCUCCAGAAAGGUGGAUUCCCAGUCUGUGGAUGUGGAGCCUAAAAAACUGAAAGGAAAGCAGGAUUUGAUCAUGUCGAAGAGUUUUCAGCAAGUUGAUUUUUGGUUUUGUGAGUCCUGCCAGGAGUAUUUUGUGGAUGAAUGUCCAAAUCAUGGGCCGCCCAUGUUUCUGUCAGAUGCGCCUGUACCCAUUGGCAUCCCUGACCGAGCUGCACUGACUGUCCCACCUGGCAUGGAAGUGGUGAAAGAGGCAAAUGGGGAGCGGGAUGUGCGCUGCGUAGGCGAGAUUAUCCCCAAAGGGCGUAUCUACGGACCAUAUGAAGGGAAACUCUCCAGUCAGGACAAAUCAGCUGGAUUCUUUUCUUGGCUGAUUGUUGAUAAGAACAACCGCUACAAAUCCAUAGAUGGGACAGAUGAAACUACAUCAAAUUGGAUGAGGUAUGUGGCCAUCUCCCGAGAGGAGAGAGAACAGAACCUGAUGGCCUUCCAGCACAGUGAAAGGAUUUACUUCCGAACCUGUCGGGACAUCAGGCCAGGGGAGAGGCUGAGGGUCUGGUACAGUGAAGAUUAUAUGAAGAGGUUGCACAGCAUGUCUCAGGAGACCAUCAACAGAAACCUCACAAGAGGGGACAAAAAAUCACUAAGGGAAAGAUCUGAAAGAAACACAGAAAAUCAAAUGGAAAUGCUCUAUCCCCUCGAGCUCACGAUAUCAAAGCAAGGGAAGAGUCCCUACAAACGCUGCUCAGAAGAAGGUGUAUCUCAACCUCAAGCAAAGAAAAAGAAAAUAGAUCUCAUCUUCAAAGAUGUCCUAGAGGCUUCUCUAGAAUCAACUAAGAUGGAAGAACAUAAGGUCACAAGAAAUUCUGCUCCUUCCACUAGAAAGUCUUCUAGAUUCCGAGAACAAGAUGCCUCAGAGAGCUGUGGAACUGGUAUGCAACACAACUCUCCAACUCACAGUGGGAGCAGAAAUGAAGAUGAGUGGAAGGUCCCACAUGGUCCUUCUUUCUCUGUGUCCAAAGAAACUGGCCUGCUGGAGGAUGAAGGUGAAGAACCAUUGUCAUUUAAAUUGAAUAGUCCCACUGAUCUCACUCUGGCACCAAUUGAUGAUGAAGCUCUUGGCCUCCCAACAACUUCAUUAUGUCCCAACUGCAUACGGUUAAAGAAGAAGAUUCGUGAGUUGCAGGCUGAACUAAAUAUGUUAAGAUCUGGCAAGUUGGUGGAACCGCCUUUACUACCUCCACAGGUACCUGAGUACCAAGCAUUUUCAUAUCCCACAGCUUCAGAAACUAUCAUGUCUGUUCCCACCAUCAUGGAGGAUGAUGACCAGGAGGUGGAUUCAGCGGAUGAGUCAGUCUCGAAUGACAUGAUAACAGCCACAGACGAACCGUCCAAGAUGUCUGCUGUCACCAGGAGAAUUCGACGCUUCAAGCAAGAAUGGCUUAAAAAGUUUUGGUUUCUGAGGUACUCCCCUACCCUGAAUGAAAUGUGGUGCCAUGUCUGCCGGCAGUACACAGUGCAAUCUUCUCGGACUUCAGCUUUCAUCAUUGGCUCUAAGCAAUUUAAGAUACACACUAUAAAACUUCAUAGCCAGAGCAACCUCCACAAAAAGUGCCUGCAGCUCUACAGGCUCAGGAUGCACCCCGAGAAGACAGAAGAAAUGUGCCGCAAUAUGACUUUGCUCUUCAACACAGCCUAUCAUUUAGCUAUGGAAGGUCGGCCCUAUUGUGACUUUCGGCCCCUUGCAGAACUACUGAGAAAGUGUGAACUCAAAGUGGUGGAUCAGUAUAUGAAUGAGGGAGAUUGUCAGAUCCUAAUCCAUCAUAUCGCUCGAGCUCUGAGAGAAGACCUAGUUGAACGGGUCAGGCAGUCUCCCUUCCUCAGCAUCAUUUUGGAUGGGCAGAGUGAUGACCUGCUUGCUGACACAGUUGCUGUUUAUGUACAAUAUAUCAGCAGCGAUGGGCCACCAGCCACUGAAUUUCUCUCUCUCCAAGAGCUGGGUUUUUCUGCAACAGAUAGUUACAUCCAAGCAUUGGAUAGGGCCUUUUCCUCUUUGGGAAUUAGACUGCAAGAUGAAAGGCCAAGUGUUGGCUUGGGAAUAGAUGGUGCUAACAUUACUGCUAGCCUUAGAGCUAACAUGUACAUGACAAUCAGAAAAACUCUGCCUUGGUUGCUUUGUUUACCCCUCAUGGUACACAAGCCACACUUAGAAGUAUUGGAUGCAAUCAGUGGGAAAGAACUUCCAUGCUUAGAGGAGCUAGAGAACAACCUGAAGCAGUUGCUCAGUUUUUACCGUUAUUCCCCAAGGCUGAUGUGUGAACUGAGAGUCACUGCAGCUACUCUUUGUGAGGAAACUGAAUUCUUGGGAGACAUUAGAGCUGUCAAAUGGAUCAUUGGGGAGCAAAAUGUCCUCAAUGCACUGAUCAAGGAUUAUCUGGAAGUGGUGGCUCAUCUCAAAGAUGUCAGUGGGCAAACACAAAGAGCAGAUGCAUCUGCCAUUGCCUUGGCUCUCCUGCAGUUCCUUAUGGACUACCAGUCGAUUAAGCUGAUAUACUUUUUGCUGGACGUAAUUGCUGUACUUUCACGUCUUGCCUUCAUCUUCCAAGGUGAAUAUCUCCUUGUGUCACAAGUGGAUGACAAAAUAGAGGAGGCCAUCCAAGAGAUCAGCAGGCUAGCAGAUUCCCCUGGUGAGUAUUUGCAGGAAUUUGAGGAGAACUUCCGUGAAAGCUUUAAUGGUGUCGCUGUGAAAAACCUACGGGUGGCUGAAGCCAAAUUCCAGUCGAUUCGAGAAAAGAUAUGCCAGAAGACCCAGGUCAUUCUUGCUCAAAGGUUUGAGCCUCGCACCAGGGCAUUUGUAAAAGCAUGUCAGGUGUUUGACCUUGCAAUGUGGCCAAGAAGUGCAGAGGAGCUUAUGAGCUAUGGUAGGGAAGACAUGGUGCAAAUAUUUGAGCAUCUGGAAGCAGUGCCAACCUUUUCCACUGACAUCAUCAGAGAAGGCAUGGACACCAGAGGGAGUUUGUUGAUGGAAUGGCGAGAACUCAAGGUGGAUUAUUAUACCAAAAAUGGCUUUAAAGAUCUAAUCAGUCACAUUUGUAAAUAUAGGCAGAGAUUUCCUCUUUUAAAUAAAAUAAUCCAGAUCCUCAAAGUCCUUCCCACUUCAACAGCCUGCUGUGAAAAAGGACGUAACGCCCUUCAGCGAGUGCGUAAAAACAAUCGUUCUCGGCUUACCCUAGAACAGCUCAGUGACCUUUUGACAAUUGCUGUUAAUGGACCACCUAUUGCCAACUUUGAAGCCAAGAGAGCAUUAGAUAGUUGGUUUGAAGAGAAAUCUAGCAAUAGUUAUGCACUGUCUGCAGAAAUGCUUAGCAGGAUGUCCUCCCUGGAUCAUAAACCUAUGCUGCAGAGCAUGGACCAUGGAUCAGAAUUUUAUCCUGAUAUUUAACAAGGAAUGCCUCUCAUUUAGAAAGCUGUUGAAACUUUUUUUAAAAAAAAUCAGUACUCUAAGCUUUGAUAUGUUAUAUGGAAAUAUAUAUAUGUGUGUGUAAAUGCCACACUGAAAAUUUAUCAGAUGAAAGCUAAGAGGAUUUUUUAAAAGAAUAAGAUAACACUUAACAUUUACUGACAUCUUCAACCGUGGCAGCUGCAAUGUAGGUGACAACAUUUCAUUCUUCAGAAACAUGCUGGGGCCAUAGGCUAUACUUCAAACUGAUCAAUUUAUAAGCUAGAUAUCACAAUGUCACUCUACUUCUUGCUAUAAUUUUGUGUGUCCAUGUCUGCUUUCUCUCUGACUUUUCCCUGUUUUUAGUCAGUUGUUGAGCCAUUUCAUGCCUUUCCUUAUGAUCACUCCUUAAUUUAAUUUAGGUCAGAGUGGUUCCUUACCCAUUCUUCUGAUGAUCUGGUUAACUUUUUUUUUGUCUUAUAUCUUUCAAUUAGCUUGUGAUGCCCCUUUUUGGUAUUACACUCCAGUGGGCAUUUUUAACUUAUGGCAAAUCUCCUGUGAAAAUUCUACUAACAAAGGCAUAUAUCUUACAAUAUUGAUAGCAUGUUCAGAUGAAAAUAACAUAAUGCAGAAGUUGGGAAAUUAGGGGGAGGGAUUGUUUUUGCAUUUAUAUUUUUAUAUAAUAGGGGAUAAGAAAGUUAAUUAAACUCUUUACUGAAAACCUGGGCUGCUGUGGAAGCUAGAUAGCCAGUGAGUCAAAACCCACAAUAGGUUAAAGAGACACACUGGCUUAAAAUAUACGUAUGCUAAUUUUAUGUUAUUUAUACUCAGUCUUUAUAAUCAUAAAUAGAUUGUGUCUUCUGUUUGAUUCUUUUUUAUAUAUAAGUGAAUGAGAUGCCUGCUAUAUUUCUGUGGCAGGGUGUAUCAAUGCAAGAACCAUAUUUGGUUGUUAUCACAUGGCAAUGCCCUUUGAGAGAUUCACAUAUCCUCCUUUGACUAAGGUUUAAUUUUCCAUUAUAUGGCAAAAGGAAAAUGAAAGGUGCUAUAUUUCUGUGUAUGGGUUUUUUUAAAGGAUACAUUUGGGCACGUGCACAAAAAUGUGAUUUGUAGGUGAAAUGAUAAAUGCAUUUGUGGAGAUACCUUUUUUAAACUUCAGUGUUUCAGUUCAAAUAAGCCUAAAUGAGCACAAAACCUCCACAAAUGUUUUGCCAUGUCCUGCUGACUGCCACGAAGCAGUACCAUAAUAGUGCUAGAUGGUCACAGAAAUGAAUGGAAGGAGUCCUUUUGUGCCGAAGAACUACUAGGAUGGCAUGUUUCCAGAGGGACUAACCUCAUGCCAGUCUGCAUUAUUUUGGACAAGCCUACCACAAUGAUGUCAGUUACACUGAACCUUUCUGUAUUCCUUCCCAGCAUCCUCAUAUCUCCUAGUCCCUUCCUGUUGUUCUUGGUGCUAAGGUAACUCUGGAACCAUUGCUGCUAGAUUAUUGCUUUUCAUUUAUAUAGAUAUAUAAUUUUAUUUUUAAACAGUAUGUUUUAAGUGAUGAUGUAGCAUGUUGUUAAAGCAGUCUCUCUUGGGGUAUAUCUACAGCAGUGUCCUUUGCUGCAUCUCUUUUAAUUCUAGUUUGUCCCACAUUGUUUCCAUACAUAUUUGGUUUUUACUUUCAGGACUCCAGACACAUCACUGUAAAGAAAAAUACAGGAACUUGAUAUGGUAUAUGAAAAUAGCCUUGAUUCUACAAUAUUAUAAAAUACGUGCAAUUGUCAAGAUAGUAGGGCUUUCCCCGCCCUCCAAAAAAAGAAGAAAACCUACAAGUUAGGAGUUGUCUGUAGCAAGUGCACAUCAGUGUAAGGAUCAUAAAUGGGGCCUAUUUUGAGAUUAAGGAGAAGUAUGGUGGGGUAUGGAGCAUGAAAGAUAGGAUAUAACAAAUAGUUGUCCAACCUAAUUGAACAAAACAAGUAAAAGUGUAUGUUUCUGUCAUGUGAUAUUAACUGAUAUACAGGGCUGGGUAGUGGGGGAGGGAUAGGGAAUGGAAGAUGAGUGGAGGAAAGCAGGAUCUGGGAGCAAAUGGAAUGAGGUACAGAAUGCUACAACAAAGAAAUAUAAAUGCCUGGUAUAGAUGCAUCUUUAGUCAAUUCAGCUUUCCAGAAUUCCAUUCCUUCCAACCAACCCCUACCAUGGAAUAAGAAGCAAAUAUAUCUGUCCCUUAUCUGCUUUGAGCUGGACUUCAAAAGUUCCUCCUCCACUACUACUCACUCUGAGCUGCUGGUAGAAAGUGAGACUGAAGAUGAGCAAGAAGGAAGAUUGUUUAGGAAAUAGCAAUGCCACAUAGUUUUGAGCAUUUUUGACUGUAACUAUAGCACUAUGAGGAUUAUCAAUAUACUAUAACAACAAAUAGCACAUUUUAAAGGAUUAUACCACAACAGUUUUCUGAACAUAGCAACAACUAUAGUAAUUCAUAGAGCACUGAUAUCUUCAAAGCCAAUUGUGUACCAUAGGCAGCAAGAGACCUGCAUUACACUACAGAGAAAUCCCCAUUCAACAAUAUUAACAACAUGAACAAUAUUAACUCAAAGGUAGUUGUUACUCAAAUAGAGUAUAGCACUUGACUGAUUAUAUGAAGCCAAAUCGUUUAAAAAAAUAAAAACACUUCCACUAUUUCCUUGCUUAGAGUGUCUUUUAGCAUUUUAUGGUCCCUGUAAAUUCUACUGUGCAGCCAUGUCCAGUGAUCUGGUUGAAUAACAACUCUGGUUAGAAAUAUUUUAAAAAAUAUAAUUAUGGUUUAUAUGUGAUAGAUUACCUCCCACAAGGAUGGUAAAACAUCAAAUAUCCGGGCAUCCCCUGGGCAACAUCCUUGCAGACGGCCAAUUCUUGUGUGAGCACCAGAAGUGACUUGCAGUUUCUCAAGUCGCUCCUGACAUGGAAAAAAAUGUGAUAACAGUUGUCUUUUUGUAGAUGCUAGUAUCAUGGUAGACUGGAUAGAGAGGACAGAUUUAAUCCAAAUGGUGAUUUAUAUUAAAACAAGUUAUGUAAAAAAAAAAACCUCCAUGCUAUUUUUAAAACAUUGCUGGCAAGUGCUAGGUACUUCAUUUUGCCUAUUCACUAUUCUGAAUAAGAAUACUUUUUCUAUAGUACAAGUUGUUAUUGGAUUAUGGCAAAAGAGUAAGGUAUUACCCAAUGUAAUUAGCUAAGAAAAUUCGUGCUUUGAUUAAUGCUCAAGGCUUAAUGGGUUUUAGGAGGCACACAAAUCACCUGUGGGAUGCAUAAACAAUAUUAUUUGUGUGAGAGAAUAAUAAAACGGAGAAAUUGCAAAGAACAGAAAAAUAAUUUCCUGCAAUCAUUUAUUUUUAGGAUUUUCAGAGAACCCCACAUUUAAAGAACCUGGCCAUGCUGUAACUAAAUCCAUCAAACUUAAUCAAUUUCAAGUAUUAUUAAUUUAAGUGAAAGAAGCAAUCAUGUAUUUAAUCCACUUGCAUUGAAAUCAGUCUUGUUUAACUAACUUUGGCAAUAUCAUACUCUAUAUUUCCUGCCAUUGUUUUUUUUAAAGCGUUAUUUGUUCAUGUGUAAAUAUAACAUGGUCAAAACUAUAAAGCUCUGUUUACACCUACAGUCUUAACUUAGCAAUUUUACAAAAGUUGUUUUUCUGUUGGACACAUGAGGGAUUUCCACAGUUGGGUGCCAAAGUUGUCACUUUAAAAAUUGUUGCCUGUGUGACUUAGUCAUAAUCCAAGUUUUUAACGUAAUAUAGAAACAUUUCAGUAGAAUUUUGCUUCUAAAAUAUGUUACAACUGGUCAUUGCUUGUUGCCUAUAAAGAGAUUCCUAGAGUAAAACUCUUGUUCAUGUAAAUCAAUUCUUCUUCAGUAAAACAUAAUCUUCAAACAAGGAAACCAUCCUUUGAGGCAAUUUUAUUCUCCCUCACCUCUGGCUCAUAUGGUGUAUUCACAAUUUCUUCCUGGGUCCUAGGAAAUGCUCCAAACCAGAUUUUUGGCAAACCUCAGGAUGGGGGUUACAGGAGGGGAGAAAUAUGAUAGCACUCAGGAUUGGAACCUGCCCAAGAAUCUAAUACAAUUUUUUACUAUGCAAAAUAGUAUUCACUUGUUUCUUGCUUUAACUGAAAAAAAAAGUCAUCUAAUGGUCAGCAGUGUCAUGAGGACUGGGUGAUUGUGCCCUUAUCUACAGUGAUGACAAAAUGCAGUUUUAAACUAUAUAAUACAGUUUUAAAAUGCAUUGUAUAGUAGUGUAGAUGGGACCUGUAUGUGGUUAAACUUGAUCUGAUAUGUGAGUUACAUGUCAGUAAUGCUUCAUCAGAAAAAGAGCUCCUGGGACAUGAAUGUCUAUAGCCCAAGUGUGUGGAGACACGAUAAAGAUUCAAGUGAAAUGGUUGUGUUGUUGGUCAAAGCAGAAUUUCAUUGCCCUUGCAAGUCAUUUUUUGAGAGGUUAGAGCUUUUGGUAAUUAUACUGGAUGAAAUAUUUGUCUAAGCUUAGUUGUUUAUGCUCUAGCUAUCUCAGGGCUGUUGUGUGUUUUCCGGGCUGUAUGACCAUGUUCCAGAAGUAUUAUCUCCUGACGUUUUGCCCACAUCUAUGGCAGGCAUACUCAGAGGUUGUGGGGUAUACCCCACAACCUCUGAGGAUGCCUGCCAUAGAUGUGGGCAAAACGUCAGGAGAGAAUACUUCUGGAACAUGGCUAUACAGCCUGGAAAAUACACAACAACUCUGUGAUUCCGGCCACGAAAGCCUUCAACACUUCUAGCUAUCUGUUUGGUUGUAAUUUCGAUCAGACAAAAUGUAGUGAAAAAUAAAGUACACUAGAGGGCAUCAGCUGUUAAAGUAUUUGUAGAUGUCUAGGGCAGCAGAAGAGCACAAGGGAACAUUAAUUCUCCAUCUGAUAAUUGCUUGCAUGUUUCUCACUCAAAAAUAUUGUAUAGUUUUCUCUUACAGAGAGAAGGAGAUAAAAAUGGUCAAUAUGUAAAGGAUCCAGUAUUUAGAAACCAAAUUAAUCAGCCUGUUAUGUUCAGACAAGAUAUCAUAGUUAAGAAUAUAUGCGUGCCUAUAUUUCUGAAUAAUGUAAAGAAACAGUUUGUAAUCAAGUGUUUCUGUUGUUUUCAGCUUCUGUGAAUAAUUUGUGCAUAUCACUUUGUAAACCUUGACUCCUUACUAAGAAUUCUACCUUGUUGGAGUUUUGUUACAUAUUUACCAACUAUCUUUUAAUUCAGGCUCUAUCACAGCAGCAUGUUUCUCUCUGUCUGAAACAUACUAAACACAUACUUGUAUCAUCUUACAUGCAGCCUACCAAUAAUGCAUGGAAUCAAAGUCGUAGGGCCAAAAGCCAAACACAACAGGGAGUAUCAUAACAAAACAGAAAACCAAAGCUAUUUCUACAUUUUCAAAAGCACAGUGAGGACGCAUGCAUGGACAAUGCAAGUUUGUCCUCUUAUAAAGGCAUGCCCUCUGUAUCAAAACAUCCUUGUGUUGAUUGUGCCUGUUGCUUGCAUUUUUGCAAGGAUGGGCUCUUAAAGACUAUUCAGACAUUUUGAUCCUACAGCACAAACUCAGCUGCUAAGAAAUCUUUCAGGUUAUUUUUCUACUUAACAUUGUUUCUACAGUAUGUUGUGUAAUAGGGUUGAUGUCCAUUUUCCCCCAUGGUUACCUCAUAGCUUGGAACUUAUUUUUGGGGAACAACUGUUCCCAGAAUCCCCAGCCAGUGUAGCCACUGUCCCUCCUCAGUUUAAACAACAAAAAUCAACUCAAUCCAUAAAAGUGGUUCCUCAACAAUUAGAAAUAAUUAAUUCUGCUCUUCAGCCAUUGUAUUUUCACUCCAAUAAUACUUUCACACCAGUAAUAUCUAUGCAAUUCUUAUUUCCCUUUGUAAGCAGGUAGAAUAUGUCUCUUUGAAACCUGGUGUAUAUACAUAAUACUGAUUCCCCAAAAGGUGCAAUCUAAAGAAAUCUAUGGUACUUGAGCUUUUAGAUCAUAUUGCUUUCAGGUAGAUUUUGGUUCAACCAACUUUCUCUGGAUUGCCCUCUCACUGGACAUGAUCUGACUAAGACAGCAUUUUGAUACUCACAUGAUUUUAGAGGGAGAAACUUGAGUAUGAGCUUCAUCCUCCCACUGAAAUCAGUGGCUAGAUUAUGCCUAUAGCUUAUGUAUAGCAUGCCCCAUGUAAUACUUCAUAUAGACCACACCAUAUAAGAAAUUAAUUCACAUGGCUAUAUGUCACUAUAUAAAUAAUAGACUAUAUAUUUAUAUAUUUAUAUGUUUUCAAUGGAUAUAAAUAGAUUUAGAGAACUGACUGCUCUGUUGCAAAGGCUGGCCCUGUGUUUAUGUGAGAGGCAUACAGCACACAAAAUUAAAGGUGUGGCAUUCAAUUUCACUCCAGUGUUUGCCUAUUGAAAGAAAGCUGUCUAGUGAAAGUAUUUUGCUGUGGGUCGGCAUACCAGCGGGGUUCACAAUGUGUUAAUUGAUGCCUGCGCAGCAGUACUGGGACAUCUUGUGAUAAAUGAUAGUGAAUGCAUUUAGUGCAACGUAGGCUGUAGAUGCCUGCAUUCUUACUUUUGGCAAAUAUGUAUUCAAUCCACUUGUGCACUUUCCUUCUUUGCUAAGUAACUGCAGGUGGAAAUACAGCUUGCGCUUCUCCUAAUUGAUAUGGCCUUGUAGUUAGCAAAUUGAAAUGGUAUGAUACAUUUGAGUGGAAUACAGGCAUUAGUUGCACUUGGCCAAGCCUCAUUGACUUUCAGCAGUACUACAUUUAUGCAGCUAGGAUUAUUUUGUUUUUAUAAAAGACAAUGAAACUCAAAAAUGAGGGAGAAGAUAGUAUCUGGAAAGUGGAUCUAGCAUAAGAAGAAAAAGUUUAAGUGCAAUGUUAAAUGGUGAAUGUAUUUAGCUGGGGAGUCAUGCCACAGAUGUUCCCUGUAUGUGCAGUUGUAUUGCUGUACCUUCACUACUAAUAUCCUCUUUGAUUACACUUUUUAAGAAAAUGCAGUUUUUCUUUGUUGAAAAUAAAUUGAUCAUUCAAAUGGUUUUCAGAAUGAACAAUGAACUGAAGUCAUCAGAUGGCAAACACUAUCCUGAAUACUGAAUUCAUUUCAGCAGUUCUGGCUUGAGUAAUUACAACUGAACCACUCUGACAAAAACACCGUUGAUGUGAUGUUAUCCUUUAAAACUAUGACUAACAGAAUCAUACAUUUGUUGCAGGCCCAACCACAAUUUUCAUUGAUCAUUCCUUUGUGAAAUUCAUGCUGGGAGGUCUUUGAGCUGAAUUUUCCCUUUCUUUGCCCAUGUUUCGACAAAGCCAUUUUGAUUCUGCAGGUGAAAAUUGUUUUCUGUUGGUAAGAAAGGUAUCUUAAAAAUACUUUUUUUGGGGGGGGAGAGAUAAAACAUCCAGAUUUCAAGCAUCCAGGCACUAUGUAAUAUUUUAUGCAAGUUUCGUUGUUACAAUUAUUCUGAUCAUUGGGAGGAUUCGUUUGGAAAAUGUAGAAACGAAUUUCCUUCAAUCAAGUGACUACUUGCACUGGUGUUGUGCAGCUUUAUGUUGAGCGAACUUGUGCCACAUACCUCUGGAAAUUGAGGUUUGCUUAUCCUCUUGUGAUACAUCAGGGCGUUGCCACCACACAACUCUGGAAACCCACCUCAGUUACAAACCAGGCCUACCUGAAACCCCACAUCUUCAGGACUGUAGAGUGUCAAUCCAUACAAGAACAGCUACCUAGAAAAUGUUUUCCUCAGGACUCAACCUCAUGAACAGUUUUACCUUCUCAUGGCUACUGGACUCUUCUCUGGCCCGCAUGCUGCCAACAAACACUCUCACUCUGUAUUGAAAUCCUUCAAGCACCUCACCUCAUGUACAGAAAAGCUUCCCCAGCCCACACUGGGAAGGGAAAUCACACAAACUGUAAUUGUAUAAAUGCAACAAGGAGGGCUGCUGGAUUUCUCCUCUUCAGGCAUCCUUGCAUAACUCAGAAGCAUCAAGGGGAUGGAAAUACCUCCUCGUGUUUGGCCUUCCCCUCACCCCUUCCCCUCACAAGCCCAGUCUCAAACAGUUUGUUUGACCAUGCACACAUGUAAAGGAGGGGAGGGGGAGGAACAAUUUAGAAAUAUAUUAUUACAUAUGUAUUAAAAUGUUUAUAUCACACUUUUUUCUGACAAUGUUUAAAAUGUUAUUUUGCAGACUAUGCUUUAUAGUACCUGUGUGAGAGGGGCUAGGACACUGGAUACGAAUAGAGCUAUGUUGAUAUAUUAUAGUAUGUACACGAGAACUUUGCUUUUGUCAUACAUCAUACUUGUAAUGUAAGAUGAUUAUUAAUAAAAAAAUCUUCAAUUUA